CCGAGUUACGCAGCCAUUUUGUGGUGUCUGACUUGCAGUGAGGGAUCGUCUCGAAUUUUUGUCUAUUUUACAUGGGAGUAUUACUUUUUGUUGUGAUUAGCGAAGAUAAAUAGUUUGUUUUGUUUUGGGAGUUGGAUUUUCGGUAAUAAAACAUGGAACAAGACGUGGAAAGUGGUUUGGAGGGCACCCUGACUUCCUACCGACAUAUUUGCAGUAUUUGCCUGAGCACAGAUCGUAACUUGGUGGUGAUAAACGGAGACAAUCAGCUCCAAGAAGUGUUUAGGCUUCUCAUGUAUGAUUUCGCGGGAGACCGGUUCUCCGACCCUCUAGUGGAAUUCUCCCAGCUGGCGUGCUGGGAGUGCGCGGCGGCGCUGCGGCGCGCGGCGCGGCUCAAGCGCCAGCUGCACGCGGCGCAGCAGCAGCUGCAGCUGCUGGCUUUGGGGCAUGAGACGCUAGACCACACCUACAUCACGCAAUCCCUCUCGCCCUUACAAGCCGUCAUAAAGACUGACUACGACGGCAUUUACUUCGACUACUCCGACGUGCCGGAGCGCUGGGGCGUGGUCGAGGUGCCGGGGGUGGGGGGAGGGGGGAGCCAAGCGGGAGGGGUGAAGGACGAGCAGUUUGAUGUGGCACAGGUGGUGCGGAACAAUAUAGACCUGGACAUGGACAUGGACGGGGCGCAAAUACUGGAGGUGGGCGAGCUCGACGGCGUAGACUCAUCCGUGGACGCGAGCCUCUCCAUGGCACACAUCGUCCUACGAGCCCCGAGCCUGCCCACCCAGCUGCCACUACUUACUGUCAGCCCGCUAGACCACGUCAAGAUGGAGACAGUGAUAACGACACAAGACGAGGGCAGCGACCUCAAGUGCGGCUACGUGACCGAACAGAUGACUGAGGACGAGAUGCGCGCCUGCAGGGAAACCAUGAAAGAGAAGGUUCAAUACGUGAGCGCGGCCUACAAGUGUGAACUGUGCAUCAUCGGAUUCUACUCGCAACAGCAGGUCGAGGCACACUUCGUGCAGGCGCACAGAGCUAAACCGGACCUAGUCCCGUGCAAGAUCUGCUACGUGUACGUGGAGCAGAAGAAGCUGGAGUCACACACGCAGUCGCACUACACGCGAUAUACUUGCAAGCUAUGCGGCCACGUCGAAUACUCCAUCCGUCUACAAACACAACACGUGCGCGCGCACGUCAGCAAGGACAAACCCGACAGAGGCGCGUUGAACGUGCCCGAGACACCCCGCAGAAAGAAGAAAAGCCGCAAGAUCGACCCGCCGCCGCCCAAACCCGGCGACCUCAGGAAACUGCUCUCCAAGACCACCAUAGAGGGGUACAAGUGCCUCGAGUGCGACAUGUUCUUCAAGAGCUCCCGUUCCCGCAAGAACCACGUGGACCGCUUCCACAGAGAAGGGCUGCAGUGCGACCACUGCAAGAAGAGGUUCGUCAACAAGACCACGCUCGCCACGCAUCUCAAGCUACACGAGGGUCCGCUACCCCGGGAAGAGUGUCCGGUGUGCCACAAGAUGGUGCGCUCCAUACAGAUCAAGUACCACAUCCAGCGACACCAGAACAGCACCACCUACACCUGCCACGACUGUAAUAAGAUAUUCUCCCACCUGGCGACGUAUCAAGCUCAUCUCAAGUACUCGCGCGCGCACGCCUCCGAAGAAAUAUUCAAGUUCCCGUGUCCGAUGUGCAACAAGGGCUACCCGAGCAAGGAGCAGAUGCAGGACCACUUCAACUACCAGCACCUCGGCAAGACGGCGCACAAGUGUCCCGUGUGCGACAAGCCGAUCGCAUCCCGAGCCAACGUGGAGAAGCACAUGAUGCGAGUACACGGGGAGAAGAAGCAGCGCCCCAGGACGCACGUGUGCCAGCACUGCGGCAAGGGGUUCACUGUGAGUACAGCCGAUGAGUACUGUGUACUCGUGUACUCAGUGGAGAAGCACAUGAUGCGAGUACACGGGGAGAAGAAGCAGCGCCCCAGGACGCACGUGUGCCAGCACUGCGGCAAGGGGUUCACUGACAAGAAGGCUCUGACCCAGCACGCAGUAAUCCACUCGGGCGAGAGGCCGCUGUCGUGCGACAUCUGCCAGCAGAGCUUCAAGCAGAAGGCCUCGCUUUAUACUCACAGGAAGCGGGUGCAUAAGGUGAUUCCAGAGAAAAAGGUGGUCGAAUUCAUGGACAAGAAAUAAGAUAGCGCCACUGGACUCGCGCCCAGGCUGUCCAACAUACGGAAUAAUCGAACACUAAAUAAUCAACAUAAAUUAUAUUGAGUCCUUCACAGUAGACACGAGGAAGGCCGAAUAGGGCAAAGCCAAAAGGCCAUGGGCUGGAUAUACAGGAUGAUGCAAAAAUAUUCAUGUGGCCAACAAAGGUUCAAUCGUAUUUUUUUCGCGAACUUUCAAUAUGACCCGCUGAAUCACCCCCUAUUCGGCUUACAUAACCACUUCUGCAUAUUGUAUAUUUACAUCCUGUAUAUUUAUAAGUAUGGAGCCCCUUCAAAGAAGCUUGUGUCCAGCAGUGGACUAUUCUUCUUCUUUCGUGUCAGUGAACAUGCAAAUUAAAUAUGUCCUGACCAAAAAGAAGCAACUUUGAUAGCAUUCUGGU